AAACAUAAAACAUUGUUUAUCUAAAAAAGUUCAAACAAAAAAUUUUUACGUGCGCCAAAAUUUUUCGUAUAUGUUAAGAUAUUUAGUUAAAUAAAAAAAAUAAAAAAUAAAUAAAAAAAAAAUAAAAUAAAAUAGUGAAAAAAGAAUUUGGGCAAAAUACGUCAACCAAUACAAAUCGAGUGAAUUAACCGUGGAAACACACGCAGUUCAGUUCAACAAAACAAGAAUUUUUCAAUAUUUAUUUGGUGCUCAAUAUAGCCUGACCGAAAUCUAUCUGAAGUCGAAAAGAUUUUACGUGUUGAAAACUUUUUGACAUAGAAGUGAACGCAAUUUGUAAAAUUCACACAUAAAAAGUGCACACACACAUAUAUAUACGCACAGAGCCAUACAAACACUAAUCAUAAAUAUGAAUUGGUUAAGCGCAGUUGGUGUUGAUAUCCGUUCCGCACGGAAAUGCUUUUCUAUUUCCGGAAGUUUACUGCUGAUGCUUUUAUUGUUUGUUGCACAAACUGCCUGUCGGCCACCGGAUGAAUUAUACGAUAGCCUUGAUAUCGUACCUGACGAAUAUGCUGAUGUAGACAAUGUUGAGCUACAUCAUGUCAAAAUGGUUGAUGGCAUUUUGCGCGAAGACCAUCCAAUUAUAAUGUAUAAAGAAGAUUUCGUCAGUGAGGAUUAUGAUCCACUCAAUAAUAACAACACCGCCAUUAACUCAAAGGAAUCGAAUGCAACUAACUUACAUCCAACUCGCAAAUACAAAGAUAUUGCCAGUCGUAGGCGUCGUUUAAAUCGUACCGAAACUGAACAAUUAAGUACUGUAAAGCCGACAAAAAUAUAUUUUGAUGUUUUAUCACAAACACCAGUUGUAGUUGAUGAAGAUUUGAGUAACAAAUAUGAUACUUCAAAGGUGCGUGUAGAGGUCAUAUCAUUGCUUGACAAAGCAAACCAAAAUGAAGAAUCGAAAACAGACAAUGAGGAACAUACAAAGGAUGUGCUUAAUAAGCGACCAAAGAAAUAUAGACGUCAACGCCGUGAUACAGAUACUCAUGUCGUACAGAAACGCAAUCCAUAUUAUCAAAUUGGAAAUGCCCAAAGUACAAAUAGUUUAACACGUCCCUAUAAGGAGAAUGAAAUAGCCAGAGUGCCAUUCUAUCAAAAACAUCAUAUACAAGGCGUUCUUUGGAAUUCCCUAAAUUUACCAGUACCAGAAGUCGUACCAAAUGUGGAUGAGCGUUUUGGUUCACCUGAUGAAACUGAUCGUGUUUAUUGGGGAGGUUCACCCGCACGUAGAAAUCCUGCUCGUACAACUACAACGACAACAACAACAAGACGACCGGUGAAUGUUAAUGAUAUUUUCCAUAACUCAGAUCCAAAAGAUUCAGAUUUCUCAUUUAUAACAGCUAAGCCCGCGACCAAACGACCAAAAAUACCAGACAUCUUCUAUAGUCAGCCUGUAGGUGUGGCAAGGGAGAUCAUACCUGAAAUUAGUUUCGGAAGAUUACCCUUUGAAGAGGAAGUUACCAAUACAACACCAACUAGCUUAAGCAGAUUUCCUGAACAAGAAGAUAUAUUUUUCACAGGUAAUAGCAACGUUCAACAAAAAGUUGAGAAGGACUCAAGUACUCGCUGUUUACAGGUAGCUAAGGCCUGCUGUAACAUUGCAGAUAUAAAUCAACGCUUCUACUGCUUCGAACAGUAUUCCUGUAUGCAAAAUAUAGCGAGGAUAAUGUCAAUCUGCAAUUAAAUUAAGGAUAAUACGGUUUUAGCCGUAUCUUUUGAUAAUAGAAACUAUCGCAAGCCACAAAUGAAAUACACAAUAAAAAAAUUUUGAAAUCAGUUCGACUUAUUUGUUAUAAUAGAAACGCAAUGCCUGUAAAAAUAUAAAGAUAGCAUGUAAAUAAUUUCACCUUAAAUCUAAGUCAAUAGUCUUAAAAUAUAUAUGUACAUUGUACACAUAAAGUUAAAUAAAGGUAGA